CGUGAAGGCAAGCGGACGCGAUCGCCCCGCCGCUAACUUUUAUUUCGCUCGGCAUCCGCCGACGGUCAGCCCCGAAAUCCGCAGCUAUCUUCUCUGAGGAGUCGUCUGCUGCUACCUACCAAAAAGUGGUGUGGCAACCAUGUUGAAGAGGACUGUCGUCUCGCGUAAGAUCUCGUGAAGACGAGAACGUCGGCACAAGGCACCCCGUAGUCAGCGAGCACCUUCCAGGAGUCGUCGUCGGCGAACCAGAACUGUUCGGCGGCUUCUCUUCGUUACGACGUCAACAACGAUAACCACGCUGACCCCUACGCCAAGAUGGCGACGGACCACGUGCUCGAGUUGUCGGGCGUCCACUACACGGGGCCCGUGUCCCCGCCGACCUGCUUCCAAGCGUUCACCGGCACCGCAGUCACGGCGCCGCUGCUCAAGGACAUCAGCAUGGAGCUGCACGCCGGUGAAGUGAUGGCCGUGCUGGGAUCUAAGGGCAGCGGCAAGAAGGCCCUGCUGGAGGUGGUGGCCCGGCGCGCCAUGGGUCCUACCCGGGGCCAGAUCCUGCUGAACGACGUGCCGCUCACGCUGCGCCUGUUCCAGGAGCAGUGCGGUUACGUGCCCCGCCGGUGCUCGCUGGUGCCGGGCGUCACCGUGAGACAGACGCUGCACUUCGCCGCAAAGCUCACCGUCGCCUCCAAGGUGUCCGGAUCCGUCAAGAGAGGAAGGGUGAAGCAGGUGAUGGCAGACCUGGCGCUGAACCAGGUGGCCAACAAGGAGGUGAGCAGCCUGUCCAUCAACGAGUACCGCCGCCUCAGCAUCGCCGUCGAACUCGUCAGGGAUCCCGUUCUCGUGGUACUGGACGAGCCGACGGCCGAGCUGGACCCGCUGAACACGUACUUCGUCGUCUCGAUCCUGGCCAACCACGCCAAGAAAUACAACCGACUCGUGCUGCUGACCAUGUCCAAGCCGCGCUCGGACAUCUUCCCGUUCCUGGACCGCGCCGCCUACCUAUGCCUCGGCGAGAUGGUCUAUACCGGUUACACUCGGACAAUGCUGGAGUACUUCCGCAACAUCGGCUUUCCCUGUCCAGAACUGGAGAACCCGCUCAUGUACUACCUAUGCCUGGCUACUGUGGACCGGCGUUCCCGUGAGCGCUUCAUCGAGUCCAGCAGCCAGAUCCAGACUCUGGUGGAAAAGUUCCGCAACGACGGCGCGCGCUACCGAAAGGCGGGACCCCCAUCCGAGCUGGGCGGGAACCACGCGAGCGACGCCGCGCAGUACAAGCUACCGCUGACCGCCUACGGUCAGCCGUCCUGCUGGCAGACCUUCUGGGCCAUCUACGGGCGACUGUGGGCCUCGACGUUCAACUGCAACGGACGCGCGUUCGGCCAGUUGGCACUGCGGUUGGUGCUGAUGCCGGUGCUGUUCGCCGUGCUGCUACUGUUCUACUUCCCACUGUCGGGAUACCAGCAGAGCUUCCUGACCCGUAACGGACUCUUCAUCAGCUGCUUCAUGGCCGCCACAUUCGGAUCUGCCGCCAUCACGGCGCUCACCUACGGCCCUCACCGGACACGGUACUACCAGGAGAGCAGGGAAGGCAAAUACCGAGGCCCUUUGUUUGUCUUCACCCACACGCUGUUCAGCAUCCCACUAAGCCUGAUCAGCGUCUUCGCCGGUGCCACCAUCAUCUACGCCGGUACUGGUCUGCGUGCCGACUGGCAGCGAUGGGCCACCUUCUGCGGCGUGAUGUGGUGCCUGUACGCCCUCGCCGAGCAGCAGACCGUCGCCCUGAUGAUGGUGGUGCGAAGCUCGUUCGCCGCGUUCCGAUGGUCCGCCUGCGUACUGUCGCUGUGCGCGGCACUGGCCUCCGGCACUGUGAGAAGCCUGGUCGUGCUCCCCGACUGGACUUACUACCUCACCUACGCCACCCUACAGCGGUAUGCAGCAGCGUUCGUGCAGCAGAACGAGCUGGAGAUGCACCCGGGUCUCGAGAACCUGCCUUCGCUCAACGGCAGCGCUUGCGGCCCCAACGUGGACAGCGGCCGCUGCUUCUUCGUGAACGGUUCACACUACCUGGGCCACAAGUACCGCAUGGGCCGCGGACAGGCCGAAGUUGACGUCCAGUACUGGCUCAACUUCGGACUGUGUUUCGCAUUCGUGGGCUCCUUCUGCCUCGUCAACGUCAUAUCGCACAUCAUCCCGCUGCCGGCAUCCAUCAAGUCCAAGUUCAGAGACUGAUUGAAUCCUCUACACACCAA